UCUGAAACCAGAAGGAAAGAAUGGUCAAACACAACAGCAGUGAAAGCAGUUCUGAAAACCAGCUUUUGAUGCUGCAUGGCAAAGAAGUCUAGACUUGUACUUCACAAAAUCUAGAAACAGAAAAAUCAAGUCCAAUAUUUGGCUGUAUCAGGAUGUCCUUAGAUAUUUACUCCAAAGUAGAUUCAACCCGGAAGGUGAGAUAUGCCAAAAAAGAGCAAGUGGACAGAACAGAAUGGGAGGAGAGGGAGGUAAAUAUCUACGAGUCUGCUGAAAAUGUUGCUGACAGCUACAAAGGUUCUCAACUACAGGAACAAGGCCAACAGGUGCCACCUGCAGCCAAGAAAAGUCCUGCCAGAAGUACAAAACUGUGCAUAAUGUUGCUGUGGAUUUGGAUGAUAGCUACAAGCAUCGCCCUGACCGUAUAUUUCACUUUGGAAAUACAGAAAGUGAACAACAGCUACGACCAUCAACACCAGAUACUUUCAGCAGCCAACAACAAUCAGCUACAGGACAGCUAUAACAUACUCAGCAAAAAUCACAACCAGUUAACAGAGGAAGUAAACAGACUAAAAGAAAAGGUUGAAGGAAAGUGGUGUCCUGAUGAAUGGACGAGAUUUGGAAGCAGCUGUUACUUUAAAUACAAGGAGACCAAAAGUUGGUCUGAAAGCAGGAAACACUGUCAGGAACAAGGAGCUGAUCUGGUGAUCAUAAACAGUCAAGCUGAACAGGAUUUUGUAAAAAAGCUGAAUGGAAAUGGAGAUUCCUGGAUUGGUCUUGAAGGAAAGUGGAUAGAAGAGACAAGGACGUAUGACUGGAGAUGGGUGGAUGGAUCACCACUGACACAAGCGUUCUGGGGAACAGGAUGGCCAAAGUCUAACAAUUACUGGUCAUAUGCAACAUACUGCGAUGGUGAAGGGAAAUGGAAAAACACAUAUUAUUCCGAUUACAAGAACUGGAUUUGUGAGAAAUGAAGAGUCAAACCAGACCAAAAUAAACCACAGCAUAGACUUACUUUUUAAAAAGUCAGAACUCAUUGCUUCAGUUUCCCUCUGAGGUUUAUCCAGAGGAACAAUAUAAGCAAACUAUUGAUGAUACUUUGAUUAAAUAUGUUGUGUGGAGACGUUUCAAACAGACUGUGUAUAGUUCUUAGCUCUUAACAAUAUUUCUUUGGGGUUAAACUUAUUAUCAGUUUCAUAUCUGCUUUAUCUGACUAUUUUACAAGAAAAGUGAUUUAACCUGAUUUCAUAUUGACAUAAAUUCAGUAAAAUUAAUAAUUAAAAUAACACAUUUUCAGAAAUAUA